AUGCCAGAAUCCACAUCUGUCCCUACUUCACCACAGGAUGAAACCACUCAAAGUAGCACAUAUUCCACAAACAUGGAGUACGAUUCACUUGUUGGAGUUAGUCCAGCAACCAGCUCGGAAGAUGGUGAGAAUCGACCUCCAACCUCACAUAUUUUAAUCCUGCGCUUCCUUUGUCCAGCGGGAUUCGCUCGGUCGGAUGACUACAUGUUUCCCUGCGUUACGACCAAUCCACUGAAUAUUCACCAAUGCAUUGCAUGCGGUUCAGCAGACGGCGGGGUGUACAGCCCGCACUGUGGUGUGUCGCAUCUAUCAGAUGUGGCGCACACCGAAUUGCAGCAUCCUCAUAACCCCGGCCAACCUUUACUGUUCCGGUGUUCAGCCGCUGCCCAAAAUGGCUCGCUGCUAUUCACAAUUCAUUCAUCACCCUUUACACCACCAGGCGGGAAGCAUCCAAUGCACUCAGUGGAGAAUCUGCCAAUUCCUUCCUCAUCGAUUGCUUUCAAUAGAAUCAAAACAAAAGGCCCGACUGGCGCAUCCUCAGUUUGA